GGUAGAAAGUCCUGUCAAGGGAGAAAGCUAGGGAAGAAAGUCUCGGUGUAAACAUGAACUUAUUUGAUAAGAUACAGUCAUUCUGGAUCUUUCUACUUUGUUUUUAGAUUUCAAGGAUUAUCUGUUAUUGUCUAUUGAUUUGAAUAUUUGCAGAAAUAUAAACUAAAAUGGCGGACGAUGGUGUAAUUGCGGAGUUUCAGAAUAUAACCGGUUGUGAUGUUGAGAGAGCCAAGUUCUACCUGGAAUCUGCAAACAUGCAGUUGGAUCUGGCAAUCUCUAGUUUCUAUGAAGGAGAUGGUAUGGAAGGAGUUGAACCUAGCGAACCUGUACCUGAAGAUAUACCUCCACAGGAUUCUGUGGCUGGUGGUAGACCUGUUGGAAUACUGGAGACAGUUCCUAGGAUAAACCGUCUACCCUUGGAUCAGGGUUCAGAUAGUGAAGAGGAGGAGGAGGAGGAAGGACAGGCUUUUUACGCUGGUGGUUCUUCGAGUAGUGGAAAUGUGAUUCUUGGUCCAGGGAAGAAGAAGGAUGUUGUCGGCAGAUUGUUUAGAAAAGCCAAAGAGUCCGGUGCUGAAGAGGUUCGGCCAGGAGAAGGAGGUGCAAGAGGUAGUCUGGCAUUUAGUGGUGGUGGAUAUAGUCUAGGAAGCGAGAAUCAACCAAGUGUAGCGAUAGGUGGAGCCUCUGCAGCCCCUAGUGAAGAACCUAGAACAUUUGUAUUGAAAAUGUGGCAGGUCAGGUUUGGUCUGAGUUUGGAUUAA